CGAGUCCGUUUGGACCAAACGGUGCAGGACUUCAUUCAGCUCGUCAGAGACGAUAUUGCAACAAGGCAAGGGCUUCCUCCUCCUUUCAAGAAAUACGCUUAUGACACAAUGAAAAUUAUCCACCAAGCACAUGGAGCAAAGCAAAUGAAACUGAAGUGGCCUUCUUCAAGAAAGAUGACUACAGACUCUACAAAGCAAAUCCAAAAACUGCUUGGAGCUGUUGGGCCGGGGUGUGCGAGUGACUGACUGAUCCCCGCGGUGGUGGUCCCUUCACUUCCUGUACAGUAGUGCACUUGAGUGUCAUUCAACGGUGUAGUUUUUUUUCUUCACGUGUGGUGUGUAGCGUCAGGACCCUUCCCCUUCCCCUCAGUUAGUCAUCUCUGCCUGGUGAGCCCUCAGCCCUGUGCCAAUUUGCUGCACUUUAUUAGCAAACUUAACCAAACCACUAGGAGGCCUUAAGGGAUUGUGCAAUAUUCGGCCACUUAUUAUUAUAUUCUUUGUUUGCCUCACCACCAAGCGAUUUUGUCCAAGGUUGGGAAUUUUAAAGUGUUGUUAAUAAAACUUUCUUGUGUAUAAAUUUAUCUUGGAAUCACGUCAGUCUCUUGUGUUGUUCGGACCUGUGUGACCUUAUUGUCAGAUCUAGAGUGUUGGUCCCCUCUAAUAGAUUUCCUGGGGGUGAAAUUCCCCUAGGUGGCGUUGUUGGACACUGGUUAACUAACAAAAGUAAAUCUAACCCUCGUAGCUUUGCCACACAAGCAAAUGUUUCCUCUAAGGAGUUUUUGUAAAUCGAAAUGAGAAAUAAAGUUUAACAAAAAAAAAAAAAAAAAGACCGUAUAGGUUCUUUCGAGAUGAGCCAGGCCUGCGCAGAUUCGAUCACCGGCGAUCGGCGCACAAUGCAUGCCGGUUAGUUUUGUGUCCGACUUCAUCCCGACUCCCGGCUCUGAGGUAUUACAAAAGUGGAUGCCGAUAAAGCCGCGAGAGCGAGGCGGCCGCAGUUUUUAGAGCCAGACACUGCAGUUGCUCUCCACCGACUGCACCGCCUGGCUCUCACCUGAUCUAACAGCUGAUUGGUUAAGAUGCCGACUCAACAAUAUGACGUUUUAGAUAAACUACUCAUUUGUGUUGAAUUUUAGAGAUUAAGAUUGUAUUUGUCUGACCUGAAGGUUUAUUCUGUGAACAGAAAACAUGUUGUGUGACUGAUGGUGAAAACAAACUGAUAUAGGCCCUAUGGGUCUAAUCACUUUUUUAAUGAAUUGACAUCAUUCCAGACAGGAUGUUAGUGUGUCUGUGACUUCCUGCCAGACUGAAGGCUGCUGGAAACUGUCGGGAAAUUGUUCGACUCCACCGCAGCUUUUUGUCACCGCCCCCCGCUGCGGCCGCCUGCUCUCGUCUACUUUUCAGGCGAGGGGCAACAAUUUUUAAAACAUGUCGAUGGUUUUUGGUUUCAUAUUCCUUCUAAAAUAUUUGAAAAAUGUGGUGGGAUGGAUUUUCUGUUAAGAUGUGACUUCUGUAUUACCAAGCUACCAGUUAAGUUGUCCAAGUUUCAUCAGCAGGUCCUCCUGUACUGGAAACUAAUUUAUAGUCAUAACUUUACCCCACACUCUGUUCCCAUCUGGAACAACAGAUGUAUCUUGUCUAGAAGAAAAUCCUUGUUUUUUGAUGACUGGGUGGAGAGAGGUAUUUUGUCGAUUUUGCACUUAAUGGAUUCAAGAGGAAACUUUCUUGACUAUGAUGAUUUUGUUAAUAAAUUUAAUUUGAAGUGUACUAAACAGCAACACUCAGUGGUGAUCAAAGCGAUUCCACAAGCUAUGGUGAACAUGGUAAAAGGAAUGUUGCUUUGUGAGAAUAGAAUACCCAUGAUGCCGGCACUCUUUAUAGACGAUAUUAAUUUCAUAGAUAAAAAAUGUACGAACAAAAUCAUACGAGGUGUCCUCACGUCUAAUCUCUUCCCUUUAUCAUUAAAAAGGAAAAAUCUGUUAAAAGAUUAUCCUGAAGAGAGUAUAGUCAGAAUUAGAACCGGAUACCUCACUCUACCCAUAUCACCAAAAGCUAAAGAAACACAUUUUAAAACCUUAAAUGAUAUCUAUCCUUGUAAUGAGUUUCUGAGACAAAGAUUCAACAUCGAUAAAAACAACUGUACUUUUUGUGACUCUUACACUGAGACGUUAGAACACUUGUUUUUUAGCUGUACUUAUACCAGAGUGUUUUGGGAAGCUUUCCAAGACUGGAUAUCUGAAAAGGACAAUCAAUCGCCCAAGCUGGAAUACAAAGACAUUAAGUAUGGAGUCAUAAUACAAAACAAAAAACAGGAAAUGAUGUAUAACAGUUUAAUUAUUAUUGCAAAACAAUUUAUCCACAGAUGCAGAUUCAUGAAGAACCACCCACUGUUCUUAGUUUAUAUGAAUUAGAUAGCAAACUUUAAAAAAACACUGAAAUGUAUUAAAACCAAACAAGCCUUGAUUGUUUAUGACAACUUGAAUGUAUUCAUUUCUGUUUAGACCUCUGACUUCUAUUUCAGUUAUUUAUUUUAUUUUAUUAUUGAUAUAUGUGCUGUUACAAAUAUGCUGU